GACUAACUCACCAUUACUUACUUUUCUGGACCCUCCCAAAAUACCCCCAGAUUAAGACCCAAAAUACCUCAAACCAAUGUCAGAGCUGGUGAAUAUCAACGUGGUGGUGCGGUGUCGAGGCCGAAACGAUAGAGAAGCAAACGCCAAAUCGCCUGUGGUGGUCUCGGUACCCGAUACAACAGGAUCUAACGAGGUUACACUUAACAGUUCAUCCGAUACAUCCAUCAUAGGGGCCAUCUCCUCCAAAAUGUAUACCGUGGAUCAAGUUUAUGGGCCUAGCGCCGACCAAGAGUUACUCUUCCAAGGGGUUGCUGACCCGCUUUUCCGGGAGUUUCUCAACGGAUAUAACUGUACGAUUCUAGCGUAUGGCCAGACUGGUACGGGGAAAACUCACACGAUGUGCGGUAACUCCAACAUCCUCGCCGAUGGCCAACUUUCCGGGGAUGCAGGGAUCAUCCCCCGAGUGCUUUAUGAAUUGUUUAAUCACAUGGGGAAAGAUGAUUACGUGGUUAAAUGCUCGUUUUUGGAGUUGUACAAUGAGGAGUUGAAGGACUUGCUUGGAGAUGCCACUAAUAAGCUGAAGCUCCGCAUCUUUGAGUCCAAAGAACCAAGAAAGCUGGCCAGCGCUGAAACUGCCGAUACCACAAAGAACACCAUCAUGAUCCAGAACUUAGAGGAGGUAUAUCUUAAGAACGCCAACCAUGGUAUGAACGUCCUCCGGAGAGGCUUGAAACUUCGGCAGGUUGCCUCAACCAAGAUGAACGAUUUUUCGUCUCGGUCGCACACAAUCUUCACCUUGAGCCUCUACAAAAGUGUGAACAACCAGGAAUACCGCGUGGCAAAGUUGAACUUGGUCGAUCUCGCUGGGUCUGAGAAUGUCAGUCGGUCAGGGGCAGUGCACCAGAGAGCGAGAGAGGCGGGUCUGAUCAACCAGAGUUUGCUCACCUUGGGUAGAGUAAUAAAUUCCCUCGUGGAUGGGGGCGCCCACAUUCCGUACCGCGAGUCCAAACUUACACGUUUGCUACAGGACUCUAUUGGUGGGAAAACCAAAACUGUGUUGAUUGCCACGAUUUCGCCAGCUAAGGUAAACGCUGAAGAGACAUCAAGUACGCUCGAGUAUGCGUCAAAAGCAAAAAAUAUCAAGAACAAACCUCAGGUGGGAGCCUUGGUGGCGAAGAAUAUCUUGUUGAAAGACAUGGCGGACGAGCUAUCUAAAAUGAAGAUGGAUUUGGUGGCAUCCAGGAACAAACAGGGGGUUUACUUAGAUAACGAGAACUACCAGGAGUUGGUGAACGAUUUGGCCAAUUGUCAAACCGAGGUUGGUGAGGUAAAGCGGAGAAAUGACUUUUUGCAAGCCCAGCACAAAACCACGCUGGAGAGCUUGCAUCGGCUGACGAAGGAUGUUGAGAGCUUGAAAAGAGUAAACACUGAUUUGGUGUCGCAGAUGAACCGGCUCCAUGACAAGGUUGAGAAGCAGAAAUUGAACGAGUCAAGGCUAUUGAAUUCGUCCAAGAAAUUCAAAGGGAUCAUCUGCACCAUUAAUAAUGAUUUGGUGGGAUUGAUAGAGAAUCACCACAGCACGUUGGACUUCUUAAAGCUGGUUAUCCAAGGAAAUGUUAGCUCGCAGAUUUCCAUGGUGGGAGGUAUUUUGGAAAGCCAGCUUUUGAAUCAUGAUAUUGAGGGCAAUUUGCUGCUGCUAAAGUCGCAAAUCCACGAGGUUACGGUCAAAUUGCAGAACUCUGCCAAUAGGACCUGCAAGAUAGUGACUGAUGCAUUUUUGGACAAGUUUCCAAGGCUUCUACAAGGUCUUAGGGCGUCUGCCGACGAAGCAUUGGAUGUCGCACUGAUUUCUGAAAGCUUAUCCCUUCAGUUUGAUGCCUUGGACCAGAAUUACCAGUCGUUUGAGAAGUAUGUCACCUCUGAUGUUGUCUCUGGAGUCGUUCAGAAACAGCAUAUGGAGACAAUCCUCAAGGUGGAGAUGCAAAAGCUAGAGGCACACCAGGUGAGGUUGUUGAGCAAGAUGCAAGACCAGUAUAAACAACAAAAUAAUGAACUCAUUGAAACGAUCCUUUCCAGCCAGGAAUCGUUCUUAGCGAAUCACAGACAGGCCCUUGGAGCUGAAACUAUGGCUUGGAAGGAAAAACACAGCGCAGCUGUCUCCCUGGGCAGGGAAACUGCAGCGUGUUUGCUUAAUAAAAUGCAAGCAGAGAAACUCAAACUAAGCAGUGUCUUAGACUCCGCCUCCUCUCUAACGGAUGAAUCGCGGAAUGCAAUCAUUGACGACUUGAACAGUCUUACCAAUUCAAUUUCUUGUCUACAAAGCGAGGAUUUGCUAACAAGCUUCGGAGAAAUUAAGAGCAAGCACGAUGCAGCUGUUUCUCGUAAUUUAGCUUUGACAGAUGCCUUGAACACGGUAAGCGAUGGCUUGGGAAAUUUACAAGGCCAAAAUAUCACCCUAGUGGAAUGCAGCAUGAAGUUAAGAGUUCCAAACAUUGAUGAAAUCAAUGCCGCCAUUGAUAUCUUGAACAAGGAGGAAGAGGAAGUUCAGACUGGAUCUAUACCUACGGGUAAGACUCCGUUGCGAAUUGCCUCCUUUCCGCGUUCAUCACACGGCUCACCGAGACGAAGCCCGUUGAAACUUCACAGUAGUCCCCUCAAACAAAUCACCAAUGCCAUUAAUCUCAAGCGGCAGAGAAUUGCUUUGGAUGAAGGUGACGAGGAAAUGGAGUUCUCCAAAGUGUUCCCCCUGAGCCAAGAAAGGGGGAAGCACCCAGAACAAGAGAACGUAAUUUAUGAAACGGCGCCAGAGGGGAAGCACAAGCGCACCAGUUCCAUGAUGUCAAGCUCAGUUAGUUUGACUCACCCUGAAAACGAGUCUCAGGAACCAGCAAGAUGGAUAAGUCCCGGUCAGAAAACCAUUCGGUCUUCCCUCGGACAACGAGCCAUACGUCUGCCACAGCUCCCGAAAUGAUUCGUAACUUUGCACAUUUCAUAAUUAUUUAAGUUUUGUACAAAGCAGUAUUUUGAUUGCCA